UAUAACAAACUAAAACUAAGCAAAAGGUGGCAGAGACAGAGGCAUUGAUUGAGAGAGAUAGAGGUCCUUCUUUGUAGGAGAUCAUUGAGGAAAGGCAGCAACGGUUCCUUUCUGAUUACAGACUUUUUAGUGUGCACCAUGUUUUCCUUUUCUUUUUGUUGAGAAUCCCUGUUAUUCAUCAUCUCAGGGGUCCCCAACCAUUGAUUAAAAGUGGUGCUUCCGGCGGCGUGUUCAUUUUGGACGUAGGACUUUUUGGCCGGAACCCUAAAAGAUCUUAUUCAUACAUGUAUUUGUGAGAAGAUAAAAAGAGAGUAGGAACAAUGUCUUCCCCUGGUAACUCCUCGCCGGAUAACUCUACACCAGAUAAUUCCACACCUGAUAAUAGUACCCCUGAUGAUGCCGAUAACUCUUCGUCACCAUCACAACCAACACCUUCAGAAUCACCACCGCAAUCUCCACCGCAAUCUCCACCACCACAAUCUCCACCUCCACAAUCCCCACCACCAUCACCACAAUCCUCUCCACCUCCUUCACAAUCCUCUCCACCUCCUGAUCAAUCACCUCCUUCACAAUCACCUCCUAAUCAAUCACCUCCUGAUCAAUCACCGCCAUCACCUUCACAAUCUCAACCUUCUCCUUCACCACCAACAUCAAACAAUCCAUCCCCACCAUCACCAAAUUCAUCCUUCAAUCCACCAACGCCGGCCGGAGGCCGUUCUUCACCUGGCUCCUCUGGAUCCGAAAAUUCACCAUCGCCCCCGCAGAAAUCAUUACCACAUUCAUCAUCCGGAAAUUCCAAUGGUGGUAAUUUCGACAACGGUGAUUCCAUUAAGGCUAUAAUUGGAGCAGCGAUUGGGGUGGGAGGUGUUCUUCUCAUUAUGAUCGUCGUAUGCGUUUUUUUCUCACGGAAGAAAAAAAAUAAGCAGCAGAUGUACUACUAUGGAGAUCAUCCAUCUCAUGGAAAAGGGAAUAACAACUAUUACAACAGUGGACCACCCCCAAAUUACUAUGGAGGUCCACAUGGGGAACAUGUUGUUAGGCUACAAAAUGGAAUGGGUCCUAGUGGAAUGGGUCCUAACGGAAUGGGUCCUAAUGGAAUGGGUCAUAAUGGUGGUGGUGGUGGUGGUGGUGGAGGUGGUUGGGGUGCACCUCCUAUGAUGAUGAACAGUGCAGACAUGAGUUCAAAUUACUCUGGCGGGCCACCAGCUUUGCCUCCUCCAUCACCAAGUCUUGCUUUAGGGCUUAAAGGGGGAACAUUCACUUAUGAGGAAUUGGCAGCCGCAACCGAUGGGUUCACUGAUUCAAAUUUGAUAGGACAAGGUGGUUUUGGUUAUGUCCAUAAGGGUAUAUUACCCAGUGGAAAGGAAAUAGCCGUCAAGAGUUUAAAAUCGGGUAGUGGACAAGGAGAACGAGAGUUCCAAGCUGAGAUUGACAUCAUUAGUCGUGUCCAUCAUCGCCAUCUUGUUUCACUUGUUGGAUAUUGUAUUUCUGGUGGCCAGAGAAUGUUGGUGUAUGAAUUUAUUCCCAAUGAAACAUUGGAGUAUCACCUUCAUGGAAAGGGUCGACCUACCAUGGAUUGGCCAACUAGAAUGAGAAUUGCAAUUGGUUCUGCUAAAGGGCUUGCCUAUCUUCACGAGGAUUGUCAUCCUCGCAUCAUCCAUCGUGAUAUCAAAGCUGCAAAUGUCCUCAUUGAUGAUAGCUUUGAAGCAAAGGUUGCUGAUUUUGGGUUGGCUAAGUUAACAACAGAUAAUAAUACUCAUGUAUCAACUCGUGUCAUGGGAACUUUCGGGUACCUAGCCCCAGAGUAUGCAUCAAGUGGAAAAUUGACCGAAAAGUCUGAUGUUUUCUCAUUUGGGGUCAUGCUAUUAGAACUUAUAACUGGAAAGCGACCUGUGGAUGCCACAAAUGCCAUGGACGACAGCUUAGUGGACUGGGCUCGACCACUACUGAACCGUGGACUAGAGGAGGAUGGAAACUUUGGCGAGUUGGUGGAUCCGUUUUUGGAAGGAAAUUACAAUCCUCAAGAACUCGCCAGAAUGGCAGCCUGUGCUGCUGCUAGCAUUCGCCAUUCUGCCAAAAAGCGUUCUAAAAUGAGCCAGAUUGUAAGAACAUUGGAAGGAGAUGUCUCACUGGAUGACUUGAAGGAGGGAAUGAAAGCAGGGGGCCUCCCUGCUCAUACCUCUUCAUCUGGUAGCUCGGAGUACGACACAAUGCAGUACAAUGCCGACAUGCAGAAAUUCAGAAAGGCGGUGUUUAAUAACAGCCAGGAAUAUGGCACCAGCAGCUUCUCCAGCGGCGAAAAGCCAAAGCCAUAAUAAUUGCUUUAAGGUGUUGUUGAUCUUACACGCGGAAGGAAUUAGAGGGGACGAAAAUUCGAGAGGGGUUGCUUUUGUUUUAAUGUGUAUUGCUUCCUUGUCAUGGGAAGUAAUAGCAUCUCAUUUUGUGGAGAAUCUGAGCUGUUUCUGGGUGUGUUGUUUAAGGCAUAAUUUUACGCCACUGUUACAUAUACUUCUUUAAUUUGUUCACUGUUUCUUAUAUUAUGUAAUGUAAUAUCAUUAUUGUGUGCUCGAAUAUACAUAGCCAUAUCUUGGAAUGGAGUGCAUAAA